AUGAAUAUGCCAUUUCCUAUUCCCAGUGCUGACCUUCAAGAAGUCCUACAAGAAUUCAUCUCAGAUUUAAUUGAUUCAUGUUUAAUGGAUGAUAUUCUAAUAAUGCAUCGUGCAAUUAAGCUAGGAUAUUUUCAUAUUAUUGCUGCUGAAGCUAAUCCCGAUUUUACUGAUAACGGUGAUUAUGGUACUUCAAAGUCAAGUUCUAGCAGAAAUUCAAACAAAACUACAAGUUGUUGUCGAUGUGGAAAGUGUAACUCUAAGGUUGCUGCAACACGCUAUGCUGCUCAUUUGGCUAACUGUAUGGGUUUGGGAAGAAACAGUUGGAGACGAGCAAAUAGGCGUAUAGCAGAACAUUGUCGCUUAGAAGACAGUGAUAUGGAAACAGAAGAAAAUCUUCUUGAAUCAUCGUCUGGAGGCAUGGUUACUUACAAGAGUACUGAAACUACAUCUGAUCGAGUCGAAUGCAAAUACUCCAACAAAGCAAUCAGUCGUCACCAGUCGUCACCUUUGAAACCGACAAAUUCUCUGGUAUCAAAUGGUUCAUCGAAACGUCAGGCAAGCUGA